AUGGUCAGCCAGCCGGAAAUUGCGUACGACCCGAAGUCGAUGCCGGGUCACCGCUCCUACUUUGAAACCCUCUGCCGGAUUAUUUCGGUCGUGCUGGAGAUGUUGCGGGAAUUGAUGUUCUCGCACCAUUCUCACCUGCGAUACCAUGAAAUACGCGAUUAUAAGCAUCGCAUCGAGCGGAUUAUCACGGAGGCCGCGCCGCAUCUGCGGUACCCGGAAAGAUGUAACAGUCUGGCCCAGAACAUCGAGCGGACGGAGUUGCGCCUACACUCCUCAUACUACAUCUCGGUUAUGUGCCGUGUGGCGUUGGAUCCGGAUGCUCCUCUGGACGAACACCGUCGCGGAAUUAUUCGUAACGACUGCUUAGACAAUCUGAUCAACACGAUCGAAGCGUUUGUCGAGCUCCACUCGCUCAAUUCCCACUGUUCGCGCACCUGGAUCAGUCUCCAGCGAUCGAUUGCGUCCGCCUUCCUUCUGGUAGCAAAUAACAAUGACCAGAUUCACACUCAAACGUGGGAUCUGAUUCAAAAAUUAGAGCGCGUCCUUGCGGAUCAUGUAUACGCCGAUGGCGAGGCCGACCAGAACAUUCGGACCGACUCGGCCAAACAUCUCGCCUCGUCGCUGCGAGCGCUUCGAGAGGUGAGCGCCGCGUUCCACUUUCGGCGAAAAGGAGCGUCGGCGCCACAGACAGCGAACGCCACGCCCAUUUCCCCCGCCACGGCGCUCACUUCCCCAGCAUCGGUCAAUGUCGGUCCCGGCAUCUCGUCCAGCUAUCCGCCGCAGUAUGAUGCCCGAAGGGAGAAUGGGCAUAUUGGCGACAUUCUCAACCGGGUGUCGGAUGUGAUGCUCUUCCCGAGCAUGAACAUGGGAAAUGCAUGA